CUAGUCGGGAUCGGGGUGCACUGGCGUGUUCCGCGACUAAAUGCGAACGGGUUGCAGAGUCGUUGCUGGCCUCUUCCUGACCUCUCAGCAUAGCUGCGUCUCUGCUCUAACUUCUGCAUGCGUAUCUAUCAGUUUUGAGAUAAACGAGCAUCCAGGCAACGUUACCGUACAACGGUGGCUCUGUAUAGUGUCGGAAUAUCCCGCAGACCAUGCGUUCAAGUAUGAGAAGAGGGGAUACGUACGCAGCACGGAUAUAGCGAUAAUCAAUAGUCAACAGUACCAGUGACGACACCAUGAAGGUGUAGGUAUGCGCGACAAGACCGGCACAAAGACAUACCUGGCAUAUGACAACUUGUGGACAUGCCGCAAAUGCCACUGUGGUGUACAAAGCUAGCGCCGUCUCGUGAAGAUGGCGCUACGAUGUCUACACAGUGGUGUGA